CUUAGCUAGGACCUUCCGCGUAGCGUAUUGGCAUGCCCUGCACAGAAACUUCAAUGAAAUGAACAGAAUGACAGGAUGCGAUGUUUCUCCUCCUCUCUGCAGGCAUGAAAUUGUUGACUCUUAAUUACAUGCCAAGUUGCUUCACCUCUGAAACUUCAACUGCUGCUAGACGAGACGGUCAAACGUGAUUAUCCCAAUAUUCCUUGGACACCAAACAAAAGAAGGAAAUGCUUUAUUUGAGCAAUCGACGAUCUCCCAAUUUCAAAGUGAUGACCGUAAACACGGGCAGACCUUAACGACAAGAAGCAGUCAAGCAUCCCCUGUUGUAAUCUCCCUGUGAUUUCUCCAUAUUCAUUUCCAAACGGGCUUCUAUAUGUGUGUGUGUAUGCAAGAGUGAAGAAAGUAAUUAAAAUUCUCAUUUCAUCCCCGUCUUUCUUUCUAAUGAAUCGUACGUACAGCUAGCUACAACAAAUGGCUGCCCAAAAUCCAUAUUCGAUCAUCGCUCUCCUCAUUAUUAUGUUAUUCAACCUUGCACAUCUAGCUUUCACAGACAACAUGUCAUCAUUCACUUUUGAGAGAUUUGUUGAUGAUGAUCAUGAGAAGCUCCUGAGUUUCAGAGGCGAUUCAUCCAUCUAUCUUGAAGCUCUACAACUUACUCCUGAGACCCCCAAUGAUGCUCAUAGUUGGAAACAAAAAAAUGCAGCUGGCCGCAUCAUGUAUCAUAAACCUUUCAGGUUCUGGAUCGGUGAUGGUGGGGACGAGUACAGAUUAGCCUCCUUCAACACCACCUUUGUCAUUAACAUAUACAGAGAAAGAGACUGGGAGGCUGGUAGUGGCCUGGCUUUUCUUAUAGCUCCAAAUGCUAGCAUACCCGAAGCAAGUUACGGGCAAUAUCUAGGCCUGACCAAUGUCUCCACUGAUGGUAACACUGCAAACCACUUUGUGGCUAUAGAGUUUGACACGGAAAAGCAAGAUGACAUCGAAGAUCCAGAUCAUAACCAUAUCGGGUUCAAUAUCAACUCCAUUCGGUCAAAAAAUGCCAUCCCUCUAGACAAAUAUAACAUCACACUCUCUCCUGAUCCACCAGGAGUUAACUACACUGUUUGGGUUGAUUAUAACGGCACCUCCAAAUUGAUGCAGGUGUACAUGGUGAAAGAAGGAAAUCAAAAGCCUGGAGAGCCUCUCUUGAACGAGACCAUAGACCUCAAAGAGUACCUGAAACAAGAAUCCUACUUUGGCUUUGCUGCUUCCACUGGUGAUCCACGGAUUGAAUUAAACUGUGUGCUGAAAUGGAGCUUACAGAUAAAUAAUCAACCCGAUCAGGAAAAUGAUGAGAAAUGGUGGAAGAUUGGUGCUGGGGUUUGCGUCUCAGUAGUGAUGAUAAUCUUUAUAUUUGUGGUAUGUAGAGUAGUUUUUGUGAGGAAAAAGAGAUCAAAAGCAAGUCUAGAGGAGGCCAAAGAGUUUGGUAGUUACAUCUUGAAAUGGCUGCCUGGGAUGCCAAGAGAGUUCAAGUACAAGGAGUUGAAGAAGGCUACCAGCAAUUUCCAUGAAAGUAUGAAGCUCGGGGAAGGAGGAUUUGGGAUCGUUUAUAAAGGCGUCCUACUCCUCAAUGAUAAGGCUGAUGAUGGUACUACUACUACGACUACUGAAAUUGCUGUCAAGAAAUUCUCCAGAGACAGCAUAGAAGGCAAAGAUGAUUUCUUGGCCGAGCUAACCAUCAUUCAUCAUCUUCGCCACAAAAAUCUCGUCCGCUUAGUGGGGUGGUGCUAUGAGAAAGGGAAGCUUCUAUUAGUAUAUGAUUUCAUGCCAAAUGGAAGCCUGGAGAAACACCUACAGAAGGGUCCAGAGCAGGACACUCUAAAUUGGAAUCGUCGCUACAGGAUACUUGUAGGGGUUGCAUCGGCAUUACAUUACCUGCACAAUGAGUAUGACAAGAAAGUUGUCCACAGAGACCUCAAAACCAGCAAUAUCCUACUUGAUGCGGACUUUAAUUCCCGCCUAGGUGACUUUGGCCUUGCUCGAGCCUUGGAAAAUGAAAAGAAUUCAUAUAAUGAGCUUGGGCUAGGUGGAGUUCCAGGUACCAUGGGUUAUGUUGCUCCAGAAUGUUUCCACACGGGCAGGGCUACCCCUGAAUCUGACGUGUUUGGUUUUGGAGUGGUGGCUCUUGAGGUUGUGUGUGGUAAAGGUCCAGGGACAAAGAUCCGUCACAACCAGCAUCUUUAUUCUAUGGUUGAUUGGGUCUGGACCUUACAUCGUGAGGGACGCAUACUAGAAGCUGUAGAUGAAAACCUCGGUAACGAUUUUGUGCACGACGAGGCUAAUAGACUUUUACUACUGGGAUUGGCUUGUUCUCAUCCUAUCGACAGUGAAAGGCCUAAAACAGAGACCAUAAUCCAGAUCGUAUCAGGAACUUUGCCUCCGCCUCACGUACCCCCAUUCAAGCCUGCCUUCACUUGGCCUAGCAUGAGCACCACUGACAGCACAACUGGUUCCCUCUCCAGCAUGACAUCAUCUUCUCGAAGUUACGCCAGAACACAAAGUGUAAUCAAAUUGCGGAGGACCACGUCAAGUCUCCAAGUUUAGAUCCUAGUCUCUGAGCUUCCGUAUUCUUGGGAAAGCUACAAAGUUUCUGCUUAAGGUAGCACGCCGUCCUAGUUUUUCCAAUGGCAUUGUUUUUGUGUCUAGCAAUUUUUUCUGCAUUUCCAGAGAUCAUGCUUCUUAUUGAUUUAGUUUUUGUAAUUUUCGUGUCUUACAUUACUGCGCUAGAUCUUCGUUUUCUAACAAUCACCCUACAGUCCUGUUGAUCUAUACUUGUUCUUAUAAUAAUUAGGAAUCAAAACACUGUAAUCACGUGCCUGAUUUCCAGGAA